AGGGUUUUGCAGCUACUCUAAACCCUCAUCGUCAAUCUGCCGCCAAACCCAGAGACUCUGAGAGAUGGGAGGGUCAAGAAGAAAGUACAAGCGGUCUCGGACCAAGGUCCGGGUGGCGCUGCCGAAGCGGAAGCCCAACGUGUUCAAGCCGGCCUUCUGUCUCCCUCCCAAGCUCCGCGCCUUGAUCGACCAAGCAGAACCCGCUUCUCGCCCUAAGUGGGACCCCGAGGGCAGCGUCAUCCAAAACUACAAGUCGUUCGGCGUCCUCUCCAACCCUAACUUGCUCAACGUCCGCUCUCGCACCUCUCACAUCGUCGAAAGCGACUCUCUCCAGGCUCCUCCCGAUGGGGAGGCUGAGGCCGCCGAGCUCGACCCCAACGACGACGGUAGCGAUCUCGAAGAAGACGAUUUGAAAACUACUCUAGGAAAGAAACGGAGAGAUGGGAGACCUGCUUCGUUACUACCGUUAACCACCAUCCAACGUGUUCAUGUCAGUCGGCUUAUUGAGAAAUAUGGAGAUGACUAUCAGAGGAUGUUCAUGGAUACAAAACUAAAUGCAAUGCAGCAUUCUGUUGCGACUUUGGAGAAGUUAUGCAGAAGGUAUCACAUGUAUAAAGAUAAAAAUCCCUUGAUAUUGACCCGUUGAGAGAGGUUCUGUUUUGUACGAUGAUGUUGGUAGUCAUUCAAAACCAAGAGAAUUUAUCCUUUUCAGUAUUUUGUAUGAUACUUAUAAGAAAGACUAAUCAUUUGAUUAUAUGAAACUUUGGUUCAUUAUUGA